AGCAUCCAAGGGCAGCACCAGAAGGGGUCUGAUCAGGGGAGGAGGGAGGAUGGGCCAAGGGGGUUCGGAUAGCAAAAAAUUACACUGUUUAUACAUGGUUAAAAUUGUUUUUUAUGUAUAUAUAUUAGACUGGGUGUGAUGUAGACUAACAACACUUAUCUCUACUAACAGGGCUUAAAUAACACUAACAACACUAUAAAAGAGUGGACUAACAAAUUUAGAGGCGGAGCAAGGUUUUUAAGUUUUUGGUUUAUGAGUUCUUAAACAUGACAGUUUAUGGGGUUCGGGAUAGAUUAUUUAUACUUAUAUAUUCAAUGAAAUUUUUAACCUAAAUACGGAGUUAGUGCAAAAGUUGUUGGGUUGUGCUGAACUCGCAACCCCUAUGUAACAAUUUAUUCCCCUUAGAUAACCCUGUCCUCAAGUUGGAAUAUUGAAAAUGAAAGAGAUGAAGCGACUGUUACUUAGUGACAAUCAGUUGCUGUUUAAUGGCAAGAAAUCAAUAGCCAAAAUACAUAACCUGUGGUACCUGUGUAUGUAAGAAUGCCUAGAAUAAUGGCUGCCCAAGAACACUAAAUAUUAUAGGGAGCCCUGUAGGCAUGCAGGUUAACGCGAGACAUAUUGAACAGCCUGCAAUAUUAGCCGAUACAGAACAAGCUUGACUGCGUUAAAUAAGAGAUUGUUCCUGAAUUCGUUAGUUAGCAACUGCUCUCUCCUGGCAUUAUGUGAUCCCUGUCGCUGAGGAGCAUGUAGAAGAACAACUUUAACAUCUAGCAGGCAAUUGGUCUUGACUCUUGACAGAUGAAAAUAUGUUGCUAAAUAUUGCAAUGACAGCAACUAAAUUACCACCAUCAAUUUUUCGAAACUGAGUCAUGGAGGAUCGGUCUUAAUCACUGGCAGUGAUUACCUCAAAAUUGUCCUCCAAAUUAUCUCCAUAGCAUAACUUGAUCAGAUUAACAACAUUAUAAAGUACUAUGAGGCUGUUGGCAGUAGGGAGAUGAUCACUGCACAAUUAAAGCUUCUCCAUUGUUCAUCACAACUUCUCCGUCCACACUUUUGCUACACUUAUCUAGCUCCCAGAUCUUUGAGUAAAGCAAAAGUUCUCGGUGAUUAUUGAUUAUUAUCAUCUGAUGCCUUCUAAGGGAAGAAAUCAUUGUCAAAGUUUACCUUCUAACGUCCUUAGCGACCUUCCUGAUAAUGUAAUCGAUGUCAUUCUGAUGUGUUUGCCUUGUAAAGAUGCUAUAAGGACAAGCAUCUUGUCGAAGAAAUGGAGGUAUAACUGGUGUAGACGUACAGAGUUCACAGUUGAUGUAUCUCAUUGGAAAACUCAAAAGGAUUUACUAUACCCUACAGUUAAAUUUAUAAAGAUUAUCUACCCGCUUUUGACUCUUCAUGAAGGACCCAUUACUAAGUUUACCCUCGACAUGGAUAUUUUGAAAAGCUGUCCUGAGAUUGACAACUUCAUAUAUUUCCUCUCUAGGAAUGGCAUUCAACAUCUUUUUCUUCGCUUUCCACGGUAUAAUGGACUAUACAAAUUGUCUUCUUCACUUUUCACUUGUUCGCAGCUGAGGCAUCUAACUCUUCAUAAUUGUUCAAUACAUCCUCCAUCGGCUUUUAAAGGAUUUGAUUGGUUAAUUAGCCUGAAACUGUGUAGAGUCACAAUUUCCCCAGAAUGGCUCGGAAGUUUAAUAUCUCAUUGCCCGUUGCUUGAGCGGUUGGAGCUGGAGGAACUGAUGUCAGAAGUUAUAAACAUAAUUGAUAUUAAUGCCCCCAUGCUAAGGUACUUUGAUUUCCAUGGCAGUAUAAAGUCUGUCUGCCUAAAGAACGUCCCUCUUCUGACAGAAUUAGCUCUGAUGGGUGCUCGUUCUCCCAUGGAGGCAAAGAAUUUUGAUUUGGCAAAGCUUUUCAAGUCUUGUUCUGCUCUUGAGCACCUUGCGUUACACAUCCAUCAUUCCGAGUUCCAAGAAGAAGAACCAAGUUUAGUACCAACAAGGCUUCCCUUUGAUCUUAAUCAUGUCAAAUGUUUCUACCUGCUUGAUCCUAUGCUGGAGGAAUCAUAUAAGCUCUCAUGUGCUCUUUGCUUGAUAAGAAGCUUCCCAUAUUUAGAAUAUCUCGAAAUUAGGGCGGUGAAUGAUUAUGAUGGUGGUGCUGAUCUUGAAUGUCUCAAAAUGGAACGUUUCUCAGAUGUGACAUUUAAUCACCUCAGGGAAGUUAAGCUAGAAAGUGGUACAAUAUCAAUGCCUGUGAUGCAACUUAUCAAGCUUUUGUUAGCCAAGUCUCCAGUGUUGGUGAGAAUACUUAUCAGGCUAGAAUAUCCAUCUGCUGCUAAUGAACGUCAUGACUUAAGAUUAAAAAUACUCGCUAAGGUAUCAAAUUUUUUGCAUGCAUCACCUAAAGCAGAUGUUGAUGUACAAUAUCAAAUACGUUUUGCCUAGCCGUAGUACAACAAUGAGACUGGGUGAAUAUAUGUUGGGAACAUGUGCAAAUCUAAAUGGAUGUUUUGAUUAGUUCUGUAAUAACAAUGUGCAUUACAUGUUUUGGGAUUUUUAUAUUUAGUAGCCUGUGGAAGAAUGAUUUGUGUAAUGUGACAUACAGAUGAAUUGGUUUACUAUGGUGGUUUAUUUCAAUAUUA